AUGUCGUCGGCAACGACGUCGGGAAGUCCGACCGACGGCACGACGAAGGCGCCGUUCAACGGCACCGUCACAUGUCCGGACGCGAUGACCGUCGGCGACGAGAAGACCGUCGUCGAUGUGACGCAGCAGCGCGACAGCUGGACGGGCAAGUUGGACUUCAUCAUGUCGUGCGUCGGCUACGCGAUCGGACUUGGCAACGUGUGGCGCUUCCCCUACUUGUGCUACCAGAACGGAGGCGGCGCUUUCUUGAUACCGUAUUUGAUCACGCUGUUUUUCGCUGGAAUUCCGCUGUUUUUCCUCGAGUGUGGUCUAGGGCAGUUUCUAUCCGUCGGAGGGUUGGGCGUGUGGAAGAUAUGUCCCAUCUUCAAAGGUGUCGGCUAUGCGGCGGCUGUGAUGGCGUUUUGGUUGAACAUCUAUUUUUUUCUCGCCUGGCGCUUACUUAAGCUAGUGAGUUCCUUUAGGAAAACACUACCGUGGAGCACGUGCGACAACCCGUGGAACUCUAAACGUCAAGUUCUACAGAUAUCCAGCGGACUGGGAGAGCCUGGUGCGCUACGCUGGGAGCUAGCGCUAUGUCUAUUUGCCGUCUGGGUGAUGGCUUACUUCUGCAUCUGGAAGGGAGUCAAGUGGACCGGUAAGGUGGUGUACUUCACAGCGCUGUUUCCCUACUUCUGCAUGAUCGUACUGCUCAUCCGCGGCUUGACCUUACCUGGAGCCAUCGACGGUAUCAAGUUCUACUUCAUGCCCGACCUCUCACGACUGCUCGACUCGCAGGUAUGGAUAGACGCAGCCACGCAGAUCUUCUUCUCCUAUGGUCUAGGCCUUGGAUCCCUCAUCGCUCUCGGAAGCUACAACAACUUCAACAACAACGUCUACAAGGACUCGUUGAUCGUGUCGUGCGUCAAUAGCGGCACCAGCAUCUUCGCCGGAUUCGUCAUCUUCAGCGUCAUCGGCUACAUGGCUCACGAACAGGGCAAGCCCAUCGCCAAGGUGGCAGAAUCUGGACCAGGCCUGGCAUUCCUCGCCUAUCCUUCGGCCAUGAUCGCUAUGCCGUGGUCAUCUUGGUCAAUCUGCUUCUUUUCUAUGCUAGUGCUGAUAGGGCUGGACAGUCAGUUCUGCACGCUGGAGGGAUUCAUCACGGCGCUCGUGGACGAGUUCCCGCGUCAACUGCGACCCAGACGAGAACUCUUCAUCGCCUUCAUCUGCGGGAUCUCCUAUCUCAUCGGCCUCUCCUGCCUGACGCAGGGAGGAAUGUACAUGUUCAAGAUCUUCGACUACUACUCGGCAAGCGGCACGUGCUUGCUCUUCAUCAUGUUCUUCGAGUGCAUAGCAAUAUCCUGGUCGUAUGGUAAGAAGCCGAUACGCGGGGGACGCGGUAUCACGUCCCUCCUUUCUACGUGUGAUACCAACCUCCGCGACACUCUUGUUUUAAGCACCGUUUACAACUCUGACAACCCCGAGAUGAUUGGCUUUUACCCUGGCAUCUGGUGGAAGAUCGUCUGCUGGACGUUUACCAUACCGAUCAUCUGCGCUUCUUGUUCAGUUCAAGCGCUCACCUACAUGGACUACACGUUCCCGCGACUGGGACAGGCGAUCGGGUGGUGUAUGGGUCUCGCAUCAAUGCUGUGCAUACCAGCAUACAUGGUUUACAAAAUUUAUCGAUGA